AUGAUAGUCUUUGUCCUCCUCAGACUGGGUUCCAACAUCAACUGGGUGGCGGAGGAGGAGCACCCACCUCACCCUGACCUAGUCCUCAUCUCCCUCUGCUUCGGACUCAGCAUCGCCACCCUGGUCAAGUGUUUCGGACACAUCAGUGGAGCCCAUAUUAACCCUGCGGUGACCGCAGCCAUGGUGGUGACCCGGAGACUCAGCCUGGCCAAGGCAGUGUUUUACCUCCUGGCCCAGCGUCUGGGGGCAGUGGUGGGUGCAGCUGUGCUCUACGGGAUGGGCAUCACAUCGGUAAGAAGGAGGGGAGACUGAAUCUGAACUUUAACCUUGAUUAGUUGUCAUGUUAAUUGUCAUCAUCAUUGAAGAGGAACUAAAGUUUAAGUUGGUAUGGGUAGUCGUUGUCUGAGUCUAAAAUGGCACACUAUUCCCUACAUAGUGCACUACUUUUAAUCAGAGCCCUAUGGGCCCUUGUCAAAAGUAGGCCCGGAAUAAUACCAGUAUCACAAUACUCGUUAGUAUCGUGGCAAGGAAACAAAACACAAAGUGGAUUUAAUUUCUUUAGGAAAACAGCCCUAAUGUUGGAAACAAACAUAAUUGUGUUGUCAUCCAGAGUCACAUGUAUUUAUUUCCCCAGCUAUAGCACACUAUAUUUUACAUACAGCAUGUUUUUAAAGGACCAAAGAGUUUAGUCUGCUUCGUGUUUUCAUUUUUGCCAUGGAAAAAAUAUUGCGAUACUGGUAUCGUCCCAGCUCUAGUCAAAAGUAGUGCACUAUAUAGGGAAUGGGGUGGCAUUUGGGACUUAGCCCUUGUCCUCAAGUCUAGUACAUGUGCCUUACAUCCUGUCCUGUUGGCUAACCAAGGUCAUGUGACUCCCCAAGUGAACACCAGUAUCUGGGCCAUGCCCUGGUGGUAGAACUCUUCCUCCCCUUCAAACUCGUCUUCACUGUGUUCGCCACCUGACCCCAAAUGCAGCGACGAGAAGGGCUCAGCUGCCCUGGCAAUCGGCUUCUCUGUCUGCAUCGGACACCUGUUCGCUAUGAGUAGUACCUCAGAUAGCCAACAGAGUUUGCCACUCUUCAUCAGUCAACAAGGAACAAAAACCCUAACCCUAGCACUAACUCUAGACCCUAAACCUAGCCCUAGCACUAACUCUAGCCCCUAAACCUAGCCCUAGCACUAACUCUAGCCCCUUACCUUAGCCCUAGCACUAACUCUAGCCCCUAAACCUAGCCCUAGCACUAACUCUAGACCCUAAACCUAGCCCUAGCCCUACACUACCAUAAGUCCUCUGGUUGGAAUGUCCCAAUUAGUAUAUGUGUGUAAUAUCUCUACUCUGUUUAGCUCCCCUACACUGAUGCCAGUAUGAACCCUGCUCAAUCAUUCGGACCUGCCAUGGUCACCUGGAGCUGGGAGAACCACUGGGUAAGAGAGAACAAAUGAAACACAAUGCACAGAACCACAUACAACCAUAUACAACCAUACGCAACCACACACAACCACAUGAAAUCACUCAAACCCAACCACACACAUCCUCUCUCACAACUUCACUCAACCACACAGAGGCACAGGCAUACAACUACAAAAACAAUGACGCAAUGCACAACCACACAAAAGCUGUAUAUACUGCACACAUUACCCUAUGUGUUUACACACGCAAAUAGAGAGCUCAAGCAGAUCAUUUAGUGGUUUCAAGCCAACCUAAACAUUCUCAGCCAAUAAGAAUUUCUCCUUUGAGGGCCAUUCUGUUGGCUAACCACGACUAUUGAAUAAGUGUCUGCUAAAUGGUUGGCACACUAUACUCCAUUCCUGCCUGAGUGUCUGUAAGAUACAGAGGGGUCUCCUACUGAAUGAAGCAGGGGCUCAGGUUUAAAUCAUUCCUGGUGUACACUAGAGUAUAAUUAGUAACUAAUCAGCUGAACACACACGCAUGCACACACACAUACACACACUCACACACACACACACACACUCUGGUACACUGUGAAGGUAAGACAUAUGUCAGAUCUUGGCAAAAUGUGCUGUCAUCAUUAGCACCAACAGGGUUUCCUUGCAGGGGCUGAAACAUUAGAAAGGUCAUGACCCUACGACAUUAUUUUAGCCAGAGUAGACAAAUUCAACAUAUCAGAGACCAAACUCGGAUACAUACUCACCGCACAUAAACAGACACAUGUACACACUCCUAGACACACACUCCCUGACACUGAGACAUAAACAUACACAGAGAGAUCAGAGCUAGUGCAUCCUAUCUCACAUCCUUACCAGUAAUUGAUGGGCUGGCAAUUGAUGAGCCUUCUGGUCAGGGUUAGAAACAUUCUGCCUCUCCUUCUCUUUAACAGCCUGAGCAGUUACAAAUAAAAUGAUUUAGUUGAACUUUGAUUACUGGCAUCACUCCUGUGCCAAAUCUGCUUUGAGCACUGCACUAACAUUACUGUACUAACAUUAGACCAAUAUCUGACAUAUACAAAGUCUCACACAGUACUCUGUGUUUGUUGGGCUGGUAUGUGACUGAAACCACCCCGGUCAGAGGGGAAUAAGGCAGCCCAAGAGUUAACACACACAGGGAACUGUAUUACACACACUGAUGAAGAUGAACAUGUAGAUGGUUUUUGUAGUCACACAUCCCAUGCACGUCCACCCAUGCUCACAGACUGGAAUAACACCAUUCAGGCUCGUGCUGGAGUCAUACCCUUACUAGAGCGAGCCACGGACCUGUCCGGCCAGUGCAAUGCUAGGAUCAUCUGGCCAAUCAAAGGAUGCAUGACGAGUCCAUGGGCAGAUUGUGAGGUGCAUGGGGAGAGUCUGAUUGGCUGAGGCCUCGAGCUGGAGGUGAUAGCGAUCUCUCACAUGAAGCGGAGAAAGCGUGAGGAUGGGUGAGAGCUAGACUCUUUGGUGCUGUCUGGACAAAUAAACAACACAGGCUGGAAAAUAGUCCUACAACGCCCUCAGCAGGGGUAUUCUGGAACAAGUUCAGAAACCUUAAAGGCCAGACAGUAUGAAGAUUUCGUACAGACUUAAUAGAGACUCACACACACACAUCACACACACAACCAUGCUAUCACACUGACACACCCAUAGACACACACAGACAUUGGUGGAAAAAGGACUCAAUUGUCAUAAUUGAGUAAAAGUAAAGAUACCUUAAUUGAAAAUGACUCAAGUAAAAGUGAAAGUCACCCAGUAAAAUACUACUUGAGUAAAAGUCUAAAAGUAUUUGGUUUUAAAUAUACUUAAGUAUCAAAAGUAAAUGUAAUUGCUAAAAUAUACUUAAGGAUCAAAGUACAAGUAAAAGUAUAAAUAAUUUCUUAUUCCUUAUAUUAAGCCAACCAGACGACACAAUUCUCUUGUUUUUAUUUAUAUUUAUCAAUGGCCAGGGGCAAACUCCAACACUCAGACAUCAAUUACAAAUAAAGAAUUUGUGUUUAGUGAGUCUGCCGUAUCAGAGGCAGUAGGGAUGACCAGAGAUGUUCUCUUGAUAAGUGUGUGAAUUGGACCAUUUUCCUGUGCUGCUAAGCAAUGAAAAUGUAACGAGUACUUUUGGAUGUCAGGGAAAAUGUAUGGGGUAAAAAGUACAUCAUUUUCUUUAGGAAUGUAGUGAAGUAAAAGUAAAAGUUGUCAAAAAUAUAAAUAGUAAAGUAAAGUACAGAUACCCAAAAAAACUACUUACGUAGUACUUUAAAGUAUUUUUACUUAAGUACUGUACACCACUGCACACACAGUUAUCUACAUUAUACUAACCCUUCUCUCUCUGUCUCAUCUCAGGUGUACUGGGUAGACCCGGGGCUGGGUGGUGUGAUAGCUUCAGCUCUGUAUGAGUACCUGUUCUGUCCCGACCCUGAGCUGAAGAGACGGUCUGCCGAGGUGCUCUCCAAGACCGGCUUCCCCUCAACUAAAUACCGCGAGGUCCAGAGUAGCUUCACCGCAGACCGUGACCAACUGGUCAAUGAACUCCCCUUCACCGUUAUGGAUGUAGAUAGAGCCGAACGAAAGGAGAGAGAGAUGGAGUGGGAGAGAGGGACGUCGGGAGGUGUUCUCGUCUGUAUGACUAGUGAGGUGCACUGGUAG